AGUUGACGCGGUCACGCUUGUCAUGUUGUAGAAAGUUUAGGCGACACUUUGUCAGGCGGAAGCACUUUGUCAGUAAACACACGAAGAAGGCCGAAUUUGCUAAUUGUCGACAGUUUGUCAUGUCAGCAUGUUUCCAUCCUCCAGCAGGGUCAAACUAAACCGAGUCGCGCUAAAAGACCUCGUCGGAGUUAAACUUGUGCCGCGGCGGAGGCGAGUCCCGAGCGCGCUGGAUGACCUCACUGCAGACGCCGCCGAGACGCAGAACCAGGUGGAACGACGCGUCGUUCGCAGCAGCAGCAGCAGCAGCGGCGAUGAUGGACCCGGCGUCCACAAGUGUGUUCCACAGACAGAGGGCCCAGAGACGGAGGUGACAGUGGCGGCGGCGGCGGACUGUUGCGGAGGUACGAUAAAGGCAAAGAGACGAAGACAGGAGUCACGCAAAGAGGCAUGUCAUGUGGAGACUAAACAAGAGGGAGCCACCACAAGAGAAUAUGGUAAGAAUACACCCCCACGCCCGACUGGACAUGCUGGUUCAGAAGGGUCCUUGAGGAGAGCCGUCACACCCUCGUGCUGUGUUCUCUGUGGGGACUGUAAAUUUGUCUCCCCUCGGAAGAAGACACUGGGUAAGAAAGAGUGUAUGAGCAUUAGCCAAAGCCCAGAGCAGUCUACAGCCGGAUCAAAGAUUAAAGAAGGACAUUCAGUCACUAAGAAUGCUAAGAAGCAUUCUCAGUAUCCAAAGGUGACGCUUUGCGACAUUGCUAAACAUUGUGAUGUCUGCAGUAACGAUUGUGGCUAUGUGUUACCUGAUGUUCUCAAGACCAAGGGUGUGCCCUGCUUCAAGCGAGACAUCAGAGCUGGAUUUCGGCUCAGGCCCGGUUGUUUAGGGCCUCAUAAUCCGAAAAUUGAGCAACAUGCUCUGGAUGGAAAUGGCAAGUUGUGUCCCAGGGUCCAUUCCGAGAAGAUCGUCUGUCGUCGUCAAAGUCUGACUAAAAACCAGAGACGCCCGAAAGAACACGCAGACGCAGAGAUUUUAACCAGUCGCACCUCGUGUGAUUUCCUCAAAGGCCGGACAAGUAAAGCCUCUGCAACUUGUUCUGCUUCUCUCUUAUUAGGUUCAAACAAGGGGAAGCGCAGGACUAGCAUGUUGGACAAAGAUGUUGAGGAGGUCCUUGGGCCACGAUGUGACGUUAUGGGAGCGGAGAUUUGCAGAGACAAAAAAGCCAACCUUGGAUGUAGCAUUACAAAUGGGAGUUUGCCCUCUGUCCCUGAAUGGGUGAACAAUAGUUGGAAUGACACAGCAAAAACUGACUUUUCAGACCAGGAAGAAACAUAUUCUUUGGCGUCUGGUGACAGUCAGGCCGUAUGCAGCUCUUAUAGAUCGACUGUGAAAGAAAAUGGACUCCAAGAGCAACCUUUUGGGCCGAGAGGUAAACCCACAGAGUCUGAUGUGGAUGAGCUAGAGUCAUUCACCUGCCAGAGGGUGAGGCCCUAUUGCGGGAAAAUACAGAAAAUAAGUUUUUCUUGUGCACGGACAUACAUGGCCUGGCCCUUCUACAACACCACCCGCGCUGGUGGUACUACAGCCUGUCAAGCGGAGAUCAUUCAUCCAUCUGCGAGAACAAACAAUGACUCUGCAAUGAAUGGUAAUCCCUCCGGUUCACCGAGCAGAGGAACCAACGACAUGAUCCCAAAUGCACCUACAGAGAAAGGGGUUGGCAAAAACACGGAGUUUACACAUUGCUUUACAGAUGCUGAAGAACCACCAGCCAGUCCUUUCUCGGACGUGGCCGCGUUUUCCACACCAAGUCAACAUGGAAUGGAGUCGGGCAUUAACACAGGCUUGGUCUCCUCCGCGCCGGUUAACGAACCAGCAACUGACAACUCUGUGUCCACCUUGUCCCCCUCAGCACUGGGUCUGAGCGACUGGGAAAUAGCCACUCCUGUGCCAUCUCUCUUCACACAUGGUGGUUUGAGCAGCCUCUUAGCCACACCACCAUCUGUCCCUCUGUCAUUGUUUCCACUGUUGAAAGUUAAAGGUGUUGAGUUGUUGGAAGCUCAUUCUGCAAGCACCUCACCGAUGUCCUCACCAAAACAUUUUAUUAGAGGUGUAGAAAAGCCGUUGUUCCACUCUGAAGAAGCCCAAAUGACUUCAUGCUGUUCUUCACCUCCAUCGUCAUUGGUCGCCUCGUACAUUUCUGACUCCUUUCACUCACGUGAAUCCUUCCUCCUCCUGCCUCAAGACAACCAAUGGAACUAUAGAGAAAUUCUCACAGAGAGGAGCCCACCACACCUGAAGCCGUAUAAUAUGACUAACUCCAUUUCAUCAUCGCACAUGAUCAAAGAACGGGGCGAAGAAGACACCAACACCAACGAAUUUCUACUUCCACCACUGUUGUCUCCUGUCACUUCACCGCACAGGCACUUGCGCACAAGAUCCCUGACUUGGAGCCACUGCUGUUCAAAACAGGAAGAAGAUGAUGAUGACGAAGAGGAGAUAAAUGCCAGCAAACCCAAAAUCUUACCUGGACACGACAUACCCCACGUUGGUGAAGGUGAUUACCAACACGAGGAGAAGUAUCUUGACCGCCAACAGUGUGAAGAGAUUGAUGGAGUCUCAUGUAAAUCUUUAUCUCUGUCUUCUCACUGCAGUGCUGGAGGUUUGAAUGAUGGCGAUGAUCAGACAGACUGUGAUGACAAUAAAGAACAACAAGGUUGCAGAAAUUCUCACAAAGUUCCCCUGGCUCCUAUAUUAGAGGCAAAGCUCAUCUCAAGUGUUUCGACACAACCCAGCUCCUCUCCAAGUAGUGAUGAAGGGAUGAGUUCAUCUGAUGAAGAUGAGAAAUUAAGUCCUUAUGAAAUAAUGGGCAGUGAGACGGAUGAGACCAAAGCAGACGCAGCUGGAGACACAGAGCCCGGCAUUUUGGAUGAGUUGUCAGCUUAUGAGCUGGAUAUCCUGCUCGUCGAUGUCACCCAAGAGGAUCCAGAGCUGUUUGAAAACUUACCAGAUAAAAGUCUGCUAAAACUGGGCCCCACAAGAGUCAGUGAAGCUCCGAAAUCCAGACCACCAAGGAUGGAUAAAGCAUCAGCAAAAUGUAACCACAGAACACCAGUUUUUGUAAAUGUUCACCGUGGCAGUCCGGAUAUCGCAGAGGAGAAAGGCAGCAGACCCUGGAGACCUCAGGGCAGCAGCAACAACCCCUCCAACACAGGACUUGCCUCAGACAAGCAGUCUGGGAACAUGGUUCAGUCUGAUGUCAACAAUAAUCACAUAGGUGACGGCCUGGAGAGGAGGAACUCCCCAUAUAACACCCCCCCACUUAAGACAUUAAGAAACGGGCCGUGGAGCACAAACCCAGCAAACACCAUGGAUUUUAGGCGCCAGAAAUCUCCCGCAUACUGCAGAAAGUAUUUCAGUGAGUCACUGUCCUGUGGAUUCAAAAUGUGUCGAUUCCAGCAUGUGCCUGUGGAGGGCGAUGAGAAGUUCUGCAUUGAAAGAGUGUCACAAUUCAUCAAAAAUACAAUGUGUCUCCAAAAAGCAGGAGCUGUGUUUAUAGGCUACUACCAGAACAACCCACCUGGACUGUAUUUCUCUGUGCCGGUGUUCACGUCGCUCCUCUGGGCUCUGCUCAAAGCCAACAUGCUGUCCGACGUCCUCUCAGUCCUCGGUGUCAGCUUGGCCUACAAGAUCGUGCCUGACCAUGAGUUCCUGUUGGCCCUCUUCAGGGUUGUGAGAGAGAAGGGCCUCAUGGGUUUCAUACAUGAACUCAUGCAGCUCACACUCAAGAUGGCCAAUGAGGGUCUUGUGUUGAGUAUGGAUUGGCUUGAAUGUGUAAAAAACUCCCCCGAGCUCCAGCAUCUGCUCCGUCCAAACUCUCCUACUUCAGUGUCUGCUAACCACAAUGCUCCCUUUCCAGAGUGCCUGAAGUUGGCUCACUCUAUUGUGGAAAUAGAGCUUUGUACCAAGCAAGAGGACUGGAGGUGGAUGGGAAAGGUUUUCACGUACAUCUGUCAGUCCAGCACUCAUCCCAAUAAUGUGGAACAGAUCUGCGGUCGCAUCGCUAUCGCGCUUCUGUCCGAGAGCAAGGACAAACUGUCUCUGCCCUUUGCUGCCUUUGCUGAGACGGUGUGUCCGAGUGAAGGCGAAGAACCGAUGAUCAAGAGCUUUUUAGGCAGAAUUGGUGUCUCGCUCAUGUUGAGAUACCACAAAACACAUCAGUGGGCCAAGGGACAGAGGGUAGUGGAGGUGCUGUGCCUUUCAAAAAUCAGCUUCUCCACUCUGAAGGGCUUGUUUGGGAAUGAGGAUGGAGCGUCACGCUGCUCCCUGGUCACCGUGGCUACUGAACUCUUCCUGCUCAGCGGGAGUGUGGAGGGAGCUCUGAACACACUCCGAGAAAACCAGUGGUUCCUGAGUUCUCACUCGUGGCCAUGUGAGCCCGCAGAUCUGGACAGCAGGAGUCAUGUGUUGAUGCGUCUGGCUGAGAAAACCUCUCACAGGGACACGCUGGAGGUUCUCUCUAAUCUCCCUGGAAUCAAAGAGUCGAGCGACUUGAUCAACGUCUCCAGACACAGUCCUGUGUUCAACUCUCACCUCCAAGUGUGUGUGGACAGACAGAUCCUCCCCGUGGCCUCAGACACUGUGGACUUCAUGUUCUCUAAGAACCUGGCCGUGGACCAGUCUGUACUCCACAUACUGUUGCACAAGCUGGGCAAACAAAACCUGUGGCUACGCGCACGGGAAGUCUUUAGACACUCUCUGAGUGUAGGUUACUACAGCAGCGUGUCGGCUCCGCCUGGUUUCAUGACGCUGAUUGUGCCGUGUCGCUUGGGGGAGGUGGAGCUGGCUCUCACCUUUGAGAUGUUCAUCGCCGUCAACGCGACGGCCGUCCUCCAGCUCCCGGAGAACACCACCUCCUGCCUCAGCAUCACUCUCAAGAGGACUCAAAGUGGCGAGAGCGAGUACCUGUCCGCCGGCAGCCGCCUCCUCUCGGCAGCUUGUGUCCCUCAGCCCAAACUUACCGUUCACUACACGGCAGUUAACUCCUCACAGGAGCAAGUUUUCACACUGGACAUGUCCUCCGCUCGACGGUGGCUCCGUCACAACCAUUUAUGGGCCAGUGAAGUGUGGACUCAUUGACCCGCAAACACUUCUUUCCCUGGAACUCUACCUGCUUCUGCUCCGUAGACGUCUGACUCUACAAACCAAUGAAAUCUGGUAAACGAACAGCGUUUCUGUCGACUGCUGUGUGUUCACACUCAUGUUCAUAAUCCACAAUUAAUCCACAAAGACUGAUGCCAGAACCUUUUUUUAUGUUCAGAUUUGUGUUAAAAUAUGUCUUUGUUGUUGUUCUUUCCUCGUUGAGUUCUUUUAGCUGAUGGGUCGCUCAUUGUUUGCAUGGUUGUCGUCGUGAGGACUGGACCUUGAUUGUAAAUAUGUUGCUAUUAUGUCAUAUAUAUUACCGAUUUGUCAUAAACGCCAUUGUUGUCAGUUCACACCUGUGAUUUUCUUUUGUACGACAUCGUUUUUAUAAGAAGUUGUUCUGGUCCAAACAGAUUUGACUCUUGUUUUUCUUGACAGACAAGAUUUUUUAUUUUAGAGCGAAACGGCUGCUGUUAUCGUUGGUCUACAGUACCGUCUUUGCAGUGUUCAUCUUUCUUUCUGUGGAGAUCAUCUCGUCUUUAUAUUUGGUGGUUGCCACAGUUACUCACCUGGAGUCAUCAGCAGACUAUUCCUGUUGUCGUGGAACGUGUUUCCACGCUACACUUAUGUCGGAUCCAGUGGUGCCGUCUUCAGUCUUCGUUGCGUUGCAUUGGCAGUUAUUUAAGUCGAGUUCAAACUUUAUUUUGGCGUCUUUAAUCCAAAUGAUGGCAACUUUUUUCAGCAGAAAUAAAAUGAUGCACAGUUUUGAGAAUAUUGUUAUCGAGUCGAUAAUGUCUUUUACACACAUGUGGCUCAUUUUGUGUCUUGAAGCAAUGAGCAAAUGUUUGAAGUUAGGGCUGCAAUUAACAUUUACUUUCAUGACGAUUCACCUGUUGAUUCUUUUCUUCAUAAAUCAAUUAGUUGUUUGCGCCAUAAAUGUUGAAAAAUCUUGUUUAGUGUUUCCCCAAAACCCCAAAAUGAUGAUUAUUCAGUUGUAGUGUUUUUUUUUGUUAUAUGGUGCAAAGAAUUGAAAAUAUUUACAUUUAAGAACCUGAAAGGUCGACAAAAACCCUCAAACUAAUCAGAACAGUUAAUUAUCAUUAUUAAUUAUUAAUUGUGGCAGCCCUUAUUUGAAGUAGAAACUCCAUGCACAUACCAUGUGGAACAAAAUAUUUUUGUAAUUAAAUAAAUACAAAGAUGCUACAGAGCUGUUUCACCACCAGGGGUCAGUGCUGGGCUGCAAAGAGGCGACCAUACACAUUCACACAACUCUUCCUCAACAACACACUAAACAGAAGUAGAGUUUGCUGGCAAAUGUAGAGAGAAGUGGACGUUUGUCUUAUAAGGACAAACAUUUGUCCUCCCCUGUUGUUUUUGGUUUCAGAGGCAAGACAACUGUAAUAUUAAUCUGCUUUCUCUCUACACUCUCCACUUCUAUUUUCC